CCAGUUGCGAUGAACCGAUGGUCCAGUUACCUGCUGGGAUGGAUGACCUUCCUCUACAUCUGGGAGACAAGUGGAGAAAUUCCUAAGCUGAGGUCACUGGGCUAGCACGAGUUCAUGAAACCCUGGCUCCGUAUUUCAAAGGGUCAGAAGGAUUCAUGUGUCUUUCCCUUCAUCUACAAGGGGUCUACUUACUUCUCUUGUAUCAAAACCAACAGCCUGUCCCCUUGGUGUUCGACAAAAGCCGUUUACGAUGGGCAGUGGAAGUACUGUAUGGAGGAGGAUUACCCACGAUGCAUCUUCCCCUUCAUCUAUCGAGGAAGGUACCAUAACAACUGCAUCACGGAGGGUGGCUUCUUCAGAAAGCUGUGGUGUUCCGUCACCUCCAGCUUUGAUGAGAAGCAGCAGUGGAAAUACUGUGAAACAAAUGAGUAUGGGGGAAAUUCUUUCAGCAAGCCCUGUGUCUUCCCCUCCGUCUACAGAAAUAGCAUGAUCUUUGAAUGCAUUGAGAGUGAAAGCAACAGACUGUGGUGCCCGACCACGGAGAACAUGGAUGAGGAUGGGACGUGGAGCCUCUGCGCCGACACUAGGAUUUCUUCACUGGUUCCUGGCUUUCCCUGCCACUUCCCAUUCAACUACAAAAACAAGAAUUAUUUUAACUGUACCAACAAAGGAUCGAAGCACAACCUUACGUGGUGUGCAACCUCUUACAACUAUGACCAGGACCACACCUGGGUGUACUGCUGACACAAA